AUUAAUGAAACAUGGCCAUGUCCAAAUAAGACUGUUAUUGAUGAUAGAAGUGAUAUUCCAAUUUAUCACAUAUGUGCCAUCAAUGAAUUGCGUGCAACAGGUGGUGAAUCGUCUAAACUGCAUGUUAAUUCAUCAGUAGUCUGCCCAAACGAUGCUUUUAUUGUUGGUUCCGGUAACACAGAAAUUUCUGAUAUUUGUGCACUUGAUUCUCUCUAUAUCAAUAUUAUCGAUUCAGCUAAUAUUUUCACUAAUGAAACAUGGCCAUGUCGAAAAACAACUGUUAUCUAUGAUACAAGUAAUGUUCCUAUAUCUAAUAUUUGCUCAACGUAUCAGUUGAAUAUUAGAAGUGGCGAGUCAUCGAAACUCGAUAUUAAUUCAAAAGUUUUCUGCCCAUCGUAUACUUCUGUUGAAGGUUGGAAUGAAACAGAGGUUAACAACAUUUGUGCAAAUAAUACACUGAUAGUGGAUAUUAAGGAUUCAGCUAACAUUACGAUUAAUGAAACAUGGUCAUGUCCAAAUAAAACAAUUAUAGAUGAUAUGAGCAGUAUUCCUAUUUCUCAUAUUUGUGCAAUUAGUGAAUUGAAUGUUACUGGCAGAUUGUCAUCUGUUAUUAAUAUCAAUUCAACAGCGGGAUGUCCAUUGCAAGCAUUUAUUGUUGGUAUGAAUAACACUCGACUAUUCGACCUUUGUGUACAGAACGAGGUAAAUAUUGAAAUGAGUGACUCUGCUACUAUUGUCUUCAAUGCAUCAUGGCCCUGUCCACGAAAAGCUAUUGUUAAUGCUAACAAUGGUGGUAGUAUCGUGAAUUUUUGUGCAAGUAACGAAGUGGAUAUUACAAGCACUAACUCGACGAUCGUUUAUGAGAGAACGUUAUCCUGUCCUGAUGUGCUGAAUAUUUCUAUUGGUAGUGGGAGUAAAGUUUAUAAUAUUUGUUCAACAAACGAAGCUUUUAUCAAUGCCACAAAUUCGGAGGUAUAUAUGGAUAAAUCAACAUGUUCAGCUGUUGCCAAUGUCACGGCUACGAAUUCAACACUAGUGUAUGUUUGUGCCACAGCAGCGAUUAACGUGGUUGUGUCGGAAAUGGCAAUAGUAUACUAUGAUGGGCCAUUGAAUGACCAACAGGUGAGCAGUGGCGGCCAAAUAUUACCAUGGUGA